AGCGGCUCGUGAUUCCAGUCCGGAUUUUGCAUGUGAGGCGCGCCGGAGCCCUGGAGGUGGAUAGGCUGGUGGAGCCGCUCUCUCUCAUGCCAUGCUGGGCCACAAGGGCUCCGGGAGACUGCUGCUUCAUAUUACUGAGAACCGGGAUGGAGAAGAGGCGGAGGGGGGAAGGAAAAAAGUUUCGUUUAAACCUGGCAGAGAAACUUUCAUCAUGAAGCCUCACUGACGCACCAUUUCUGCACCGCAGCAACAACAACAGCGAUACAGGAACAAGGCUCAUUUCCCAUUGAGUGUGUUUUUCAGCUCCCAGCUUGUGUGUGCGUGCGUGUGUGUGUUUUUCUUCCCCCUCUUGUAGUAUUUUUCUGUGCGCAAGGCUGGUCGGGGCUUGCUGUCACUGCGCGCUGAGAUGUUGGAGUGACCAUGGCUGCGCAAGUGGCAUCGGCUCCGACCAGAACUAAUAAAAAUAAGAAAUUAUCUGGCGGUUUGGGUCCCGACCUCAAUUCGGGGAAAUCCGGAGGAGGAGGAGGAGGAGGAGGAGGGACCGGGCAGCGAGCUGGACCGAUGCUGGGUCCGGGCGAUGGGACUCUGAAUCAUGUAGACCAUCACCGCCGCGGCGAGCUCAGCAUGGUCCAUCCAACUCCGGCGAGCCACGGCGACAAGGCUGGGAAUACCAUCACCUCCGCGUCGGCGUCCAACUCCAACACCCCGUCGAUGGAAAGUGGCUUGAUAGCGAAGCUGAAAUGCGUCGGGAGCGGAGAUCCCCCCAUGCAGCCACAGCAGCAGCAGCAGCAGCAGCCGCACUUCCACCAGUUUGCGCCGCAGCAGCAGCGACACAUCCAAAGUCACAACAGCGCCAACAACAACGGCCAGGUCCGGGGAGGGGACCGGGGGGAACACCGGGACCGGGGGGACCGGGGCAUGGAGCAGCACCACGGGGGCAAGGAGAACCUGCUGGGGGGGCAGGACGAGUCCCAGCAGCAGCAGCACAUGCCGGGGAAAGGUGAGGGGGCCCUCACCUGUAAGCCCUCGGAGAGGAUGAUGAGCGCCAGGUUUGAACACUCCAACCUGCAGGGGCCACCUGGCAACAACUCCGAGUUUAAUAACAAUUAUUACACUCCGAGGCCCUGUUAUGAUCAACACGGCCAGCAGCAGCAGCAGCAGCAGCAGCAAGGCAGUGGGAUGGGGCACAACAGCAUGGAGAACUCCCACGAAGCGGGGUUCCACAGCGGCCAGUACGGCCAGUACCCGGCGUACCGGGCCGGGUACGGCGGCGGGGCCUACGGGGUGAUGGGGGGCCCCUCUGGGGGCCCCUCUGGGGGCCGGCAGGCGGGGGGCAUGAUGAUGGUGGGCAGCAACUCCUCAGCAAGCCAUGGCAAGUCUCCCCUGGGAGCGGCCCCGGGUGGCUUCCAGAGGUAUCCGGGCCAGGGUCAGCAGCAGCAGCAGCAGCAGCAGCAGCAUGGGCCCUCAGGGGCCACUCCGACCCUCAACCAGCUGCUGACGGCCCCCAGCCCGAUGAUGCGGGGUUACGGAGGGACUUAUCCAGACUACAGCGGCCCUGCGGCGCAGCAGCAGUCCGGCAUGGGCCUCGGGAAGGACGUGGGGGGGCCACAGUACGGAGCCACCUCGGGCCCCUGGGGGGGCCAGCAGAGGAGCCAUCCACUCUCCAUGAACCCUUCAGGCGGCGGAGGGCAGGGCCUCGGGAGGACGCAGGUGUCCUCCAUGGAUUUCAUGGCUAUGAAGCGCUCACAGCUGUAUGGCAUGGCCAGCAAUCCUUACUCCACCCCUCCACAGGCAGGAGGUGGGCAUUACCCCUCUAACCAGCCAUAUACUUCGCCUCCCCCACAUCGAUAUUCGAUGAACAUGCAGGGGAGAAGCCAAAUGGGUUUGGGCAGCAUGCAAUAUCCUCAACAGCAGCAGGUGGCACCGUACGGGCAGCAGCCGAUGGGGGGCUACAGUCAGCAGCAGCAGCAGCAGCAGCAGCAGCAGCAGCACCAGGGGGGGCAGCAGGGAACUCCUCCAUACUUCAGCCCCCCUCAGCAGACCCCUCCAGGCCCGACCCCCAGUUCCUACCUGCAGCCUCGACCAACACCACAACAGGAGGCCCAGCAGGAAAACUACAGCAUCAGAGGUUCUGUUCCAGGGAUUUCUGGGAAGACCAACAAUGACGACGGCGUCUCCCAUGACCGCCCGUCUAGUCUGCCGGAUCUGUCUGGCUCGAUUGAUGACCUCCCCACUGGGACGGAGGCUGGUCUGGGCUCAGCCAUGAAUGCUGGUGGAUCCUCCAGCAGCAACAAUAGUAGCCAAGGGGAGCAGGGAGGCACAAGUAACCAGGGACAGUCCCCGUUUUCCCCUCACGCCUCCCCUAUCCUUCCCAGCCAGAGGAGUGGGCCCUCUCCCUCCCCAGUGGGUUCCCCUACUGGCUCCACUCAGUCCCAGCAGUCCAGGUCGGGUUCAGGACCCAUCUCUCCCGCCAGCGGACCCUCUACAAACACCACUGCGCCAGGUUCAACUAUGGCUCCACAGAGCUCCGGAAAUGGACCAGAAGGAGCUCACCCUCCGAUCACUCGCUCGCCUGUCGCCCAGGAGAGAGGGUUUAUGUCCAACAUGCAGAGGAACCAGUCUGGCUCCCAGUUCGCCUCUCCACAGUCUGGCCCUCCCGUGUCCCCCCACCCAUCACCUGGGGGCCCCUUGUAUCCCAAUAUGGGUCCAUACUCCCAGAGUAGCUCCACAGGACCUUACGGGCCUCAGGGACCACAAUAUGGACACCAAGGUAACUACCCUCGAUCCUCUAACUACAGCGGGGCGGCCGGUGCCGGCUACAGCGGCCCCGGCAUGGCCAACAGUCUGGGACUGAACGCUACCAGCCCCAUGCAGGGUCAGGGCCCGGGGCAGCCCACACCGGGAGGACGCAGCCACGGCCCAGGCAGCCAGAACAGGGCGUACCCGUCCAUAGGUCCCAGUUCCCCCAGUAUGCCGCAACCAGGGGGGCCAGGAAUGGGUCCUCCAUCUUUGGGUAGCUCCAACCGCAAGGCCCACGAGGCAGCAGGCAUGCCGGGAUCUACCAACUCAGUUCACAACAGGCUGCCUCCGUAUGCCAGGUCUCCGGUGCACAUGCAGCACACCUCCGCCCACUGGCUGCACCCUUCCUCCACCUGUCUGCCACCCUCACCUCCAUCCAGACCUCACUAUCCUCCCACUCUGCCACCCCCACAUUCACACCAGCAUAGGCAGGGAAGCUACCAAGGUCCAUGCAGCAACCAGCCGAGCACCGUCCCCCACUGUCAGCCGAUGGGAAACAACAGUUCAGCUGUGGGGAACGCGCAAGGCCAAGGCUACAGCGGGCCCUCCUCAGGAGCCAUGGUGCUGUCAGGAGAUGUCAUAAUGAGUGCCGAUGGUAAAGCGAAGACCGAAGUCAAAGACGAGAGCAGCCCCAGCAACGAGCCACAUAAGCCAAAGCAGCUCCAGGAUGGCUACAUGAACAAUAACAGCAGCAGUGUGUCCCAGCCCGCCACCCCCGCCAGCGCCCUCCCCGUGCCCUCGCCGCUCUCGCCCAGCCCUGCCAGUCUGUCCUCCUACCACGGAGAUGACAGCGACAGCAUCAGCAGCCCCCCCUGGCCUCUCAAGACCCCCUCCAGCCCUAAAGCCAACCCGAACCCGUCCGCCCUAAGUGGCGAGCGAAUCACGCGAUUGUACGAGCUGGGUUCGGAGCCCGAGAGACGACCUUGGGUGGAGCGAUACCUGACCUUCAUGGAGGACCGUGGCACACCUGUCCCCCAGCUCCCGGCUGUGGGAAAGAAACCGCUAGACCUCUGGAAGCUCUACAUGGCUGUUCGAGAGAUUGGAGGCCUCGCCAUGGUCAACAAAAACAAAAAGUGGCGUGAGCUGUCCAGCACCAUGAACGUGGGCACUUCCAGCAGCGCGGCCAGCACGCUGAAGAAGCAGUACAUCCAGUACCUGUUCGCCUACGAGUGCAAGAUGGAGAGAGGAGAGGAGCCGCCCGCGGACAGCAACAGCAACAGCAACAGCAGCCUGGUCGGAGCAGACAACAGGAAGCAGGUCAAGAUCCAGCCGCCGUCACCUGCUAAUUCUGGCGGCUCCCUUCAAGGCCCGCAGACACCCCAGUCAUCCGGCAGCAACUCCACGGUGGAGGCAGGAGGCGACCUGAAACCGCCGACCCCAGCCACCACCCCACUGGGACAGGUCACACCGCUCCCCCCCAACAGGGGCAUUGUGAGUGUGCAGGACCCCUUCUCGGAGGUGAGUGACCCGGCCUUUCAGAAGCGGGCUACCACACUGCCGCCCUCGGUUUCCUACCAGCAGGGCCUCAGCAUGCCUGACAUGAUGAUGAGGAUGCAGUACGACUCCAAGGACCCUUUCGCCGGGAUGAGGAAGAUGGCCGGAGUCGAUCCCUACAUACCAAGCCAGAUGCCCAGCGGCGGUAUGCAGGACAUGUAUGGCCGGCCCCAGUCAGCUCUGAGCAUGAGCCAAAGGUCUCAGUACCCGUACGGGCCUGGAUAUGACAGGAGGCCUGACCAUAUCAUGGGAAUGGAGGGGACCAUGGGCCCACCUGGGAGCCAAAACAACAUGGGACCUUCCAACAGUGAAGGCAGCUUGUACUCUCCCAGCAGAUACCCUUCACAGCAGAGACACGAUGGCUAUGGACAGCAGUAUCCCAGCAUGCCAUAUGGGAUGCAUUCAUCUGGGAUGUACCCACAGCAACAGAGUUACAAAAGGCCGAUGGAGGGAAUGUAUGGCCCCCCACCCAAGAGACACGAGGGCGACAUGUAUGCCAUGCAGUACACCAACCAGCAGUCAGACAUGUACAACCACUAUGGGGCCGGGUACUCUGGCCCCGAACACAGACCCAUCCAGGGACAGUUCCCCUACCCCUACCACCGAGACCGUAUGGCCUCGUCGGGUCAGAGCCAGCACAGCAUCAUGGGCGGGGGGCCGACUCCUAAUCAUGUCACCGACGGGCCCAACAUGUGGCCUUCGAGAACAGACCUCACUUAUCCCUACUCCAACAGACAGGGGCCGCCGUCACAAAUGCCGCCGUAUAGCUCCAUUUGCAGAGAGGACAUGGACGGUCGGCCCGGGCAGGACCAAUGGCACCGCCAGUCACCGUACAUGUCGUCAUCAGGUGGCAUGCCCCCCUUGUCUUCACGUCAGCCAUCGUGUUAUUCCAGCUCCCCAUCCAUGGGUAACCACCUGCCCAGAGCACCCAGCCCCGGUGCUUUCCAGCGAUCCAUGGACCACAGAAUGUCACCCAGCAAAGCGCCGUUCAUGUCCCCCAUGAAGAUGCCAAAGCCCGGUUUGGCCAUGAUGGGCUCACAGGCCGGUGGACCCAUUGGUCAGUUUCCUCCUAACCUGAGGAGGGACCUCAAUUACCCACCGGGGUCAGUUGAAGCCACCAUGCCAAUUCUGAAGCCUCGCCGUAAGCUCAGCUCUAAGGACAGCGGGACGCCUGAAGCCUGGCGUGUGAUGAUGUCUCUGAAGUCCGGGCUGCUGGCUGAGAGCACGUGGGCUUUAGACACCAUCAACAUCCUUCUGUAUGACGACAGCACUGUGGCCUCCUUUAACCUCUCCCAGCUGCCUGGAUUCCUCGAGCUCAUUGUGGAGUACCUUCGCCGUUGCCUGAUUGAAAUCUUUGGCAUCUUGGAGGAAUUCGAAGUAGCAACUAUAGUUCAGAAAAGCCUUUUGGAUCCUGAUUCCACCCAGGAACAGGGAUCUACCCCUGAACAGGAAACAGGUGCUACUGCCCCGCCUGGACCUGAAUCCUCCCCGCCAGCGGAGAUGCAUGAGGAUCAAACAAGAGAUGCUGAGGCAGAAACUCCACCCGUCAAAACUGAGCAAACUGUGGCGCACAGCAACAAGGAGGAUGCAGAUGUCAGCGUGGAAAAGGAGGACAAAAAAGAAGAUGAAAAGGAGGAAAAGGAAGAGGAGAAGGAGAAAGAGUGUAAAAAGGAUUGUAUGGACCAGCCUCCUGCAAUGUUGGAACCUAAACCAAAACAAGCCAGCAAAUACGAUAAAUUCCCCAUCAAGACCGUGCACAAAGAGGACCUUAUUGAGGACAUGACUGAGCGCCUAGGUUAUGUAACGGAGUUCACCAGCGGGCUACUACACUGGCAGGCAGGUGGAGGCGACACCACCACAUACAUUCAGACACACUUUGAACCACGGACCGACCCACAUCCCAGGACAGAAGAGAAUAAAAGAAACCCCAACAAGCAGGAAAACAAGAUGGAGCAUGAAAAUAAAGAAAUGGUUAAACACAUCACCGCUACUAUUGAUGAUGUUUUGUGCGCCAGGGUUGAUGCCCUCUCCUGUUCACACCCUGCGCGUUCCUUGCCAUCUUACCCCUUCCGGGUGCAUCCAGACGGGGAGAAGGACCACAUCACCCUGCUGGAGGACGAGCCCCGCUGCCUGGACGAAGCCCCGCUCUGCACAACCUCGGCCUGGCAGGACUCGCUGUCGAAGCGAUGCCUCUGCGUUUCCAACAUCAUCCGGAGCCUGUCUUUCAUCCCCGGAAACGAUACUGACAUGUCCCGCCAACCCGCUCUGGUUCUCCUUCUGGGCCGGCUGCUCCUGCUGCACCACCUCCACCCUGAGCGGAACAGGUCGGGCCCGAGCUACCAGAGGGACGAGCAGCAGGACCGGGGGCUGUCCAGUAACAAAGAGGAGUGGUGGUGGGAGUGUCUGAGUCUACUGAGGGAGAACGCCAUGGUCACACUGGCCAACAUUGCAGGCCAGCUGGAUCUCUCCACCUAUCCAGACACCAUCUGCCUCCCCAUCCUGGACGGGCUUCUUCACUGGAUGGUUUGCCCCUCGUCCGAAGCCCAGGACCCCUUUCCCUCGGCGGCGCCGCACUCCCAGCUCACCCCGCAGAGACUGGUGCUGGAGUGUCUCUGCAAGCUGAGCAUCCAGGACAGCAACGUGGACCUCCUGCUGGCCACACCGCCUUUCAGCAGACAGGACAAACUCUUCACAGUCUUAGUGCGCUAUGUGGGUCAGAGGAAGGCGCAGGUGUACCGGGAGAUGGCAGUGGCCGUCCUCUCCCAUCUGGCACAGGGAGACCCCACAGCGGCCCGUGCCAUCGCCCUGCAGAAGGGGAGUGUGGGUAAUUUGGUAAGCUUCUUGGAGGAUGGUGUCAGCAUGGCGCAGUACCAGCAGAACCCUCACAGCCUGCUGCACAUGGGACACCCUCCUAUGGACCCGCCUAGUAUAAACAUGAUGUGCAGGGCAGCUAAAGGCCUGUUGGCUAUGGCUAAAGUGGAGGAGAACAAGACAGAGUUUGUACUGUACGAAAGCAGAUUAUUGGACAUUUCCAUUUCCUCGGUGCUCAACGCAGGAGUAGUCGCCAUUAUUUGCCAGGUUCUGUUUCACUUGGGGAAAUUAUGACAGGACGAGAGGUGGGAUUUGCACGGCAGACACUAAGGCUAACAAGAUAUCCCUGUGGUUUUCUAUCUUUAUUUAUCAAAAUGAUAGAUUUUUCUUUUUUUUUUUUAAAGAAAUAUCCAGAUAAACAAAAUGUCUCUAUAUAUGUAUAGCUUCUGGGCCCUGUUUAAAAAAGAAAAAGUGGGUUUGGGAUUUGAAACUCAUUUUAAUAUAAAUAUUUAAUACCUACUGGUGUCGGAUUGUUAUGUUUGAUAUUUUUGUUUUUGUUCCUGUUUGUUUACUUUUUCAGCCAAAGUUGCCACCAGAUUUUGGUGCUGAAUUACGUAUUUCAUUUUGAGUUGAUGAGAUUCUUUUGAGUUUUAUAAAUGCCAAUAUGCUCAUCAACAUUUUGUUAACGGAGAGUAUUUAUUUAAAAUGUGAAACUGUACAGUCGUAUGAACUUUUAUGCCAACAGCUGUUGGGGGCGGGGGAGGGGGGGCGGGUUGAAAAAUAAGAAAAUGAUAAAACACUGACUUUUUAAAACGUGAAAUCUAUUUGUCUCCAUCGCUGGAAUAUAAAUUGUGCAAUAGGACCAGAGCAAGUUGUCCCUUUUGAAAACAGGAGGAUGUAACCCGUCUGAACCCCGCAGUGUUUGCUUCAGGCCAGUAGGAGGCAGCCUUGCACCAGCCAAUCAACAAAAGAGAAGCGCAUCUGUCAAAAGAAGUGUUUAAUUUAUCAAUCACGGCCUCAAGGACUCACAGAUGAACUGUGUGUUUCCAGAACACUUGUGUUAUGUCUGUAUUUUUUCAUCAUUAUGUAUAUAAACUUUUGUGCAAUGGAGGCACAUGGUUAUUUCAUGCUCUACCAAGCAUAGCCGGAGAUGGGACUUUCUGACUAUUAUAGAAAAAAUGCUUUUAUUGUUGGUAAAAUUUGGUAUUGUUAUUAUACAUAUUUUGUUAAUGGGGUCAAAUAUUUGAACAUGGCAGAUGUAACUGAUGUUUCACUGUAAAAAAUUUCCUGUAUGCAUUGUAUUAUAGCUGAGAAAACAAUCGCUUUGGUAAUCAAACGUGGAAGUGCCAGGGUGAGAGGAAAAUUAUUACACGAGAAAACGUAACAUUUUUCCAUUUGUUACUGUCCUCCAUUCAUGUCAAUGGGCAUAUUUUCGAACCUGCAUAAAGCUCUAUAAGGAACAUGUGUAAAAAAAAAACCUUCAAAAUGUCCUGAAAGCUCAUUGUAAUAUUUGCCUCCUUUUUUUGUAUGACUUUGUGUCUUUUAUUCCGUAUACACAUUUAUACUUUGUGCUGCACAUGUCACAAAUAAAUGUACGAUGAACAUUGUUGAGCACUGAAGACGUUGCAUUAUGUCCAGACAAUCUUAGGCCAAUAAAACAAGCAUCAACUGCUUAGAUCUUUUGUUGAUCUCAUUAAAUUUCGUUUCAUAAGAGUAAAGACGAAUGUUUUUAGCCCCAAAGUGUUGUUGAACGGUGACCAAAAGGCGGCCGCAUGUAAGAGUCCAUAAGACAUGUGAUAAAAGGACCUCAGCAUUUAACUCAAAUGCAACAACCCACUCAAAAAUGAUGCCUGCUAACAAGUGUUAAUAAGUUCUCUCCUUUCAAAGGAAAUCCCUGUCCGAAAAAGGAAAGCAGAAGAGGAUGUUUUAUAGAAAAGGUCAUUGUGUCUUGGAUGAUGUAUUGAACAAGGAGGAACUUCUCAUGUAGGUGCUACGAAACGAAAACUGCCAUAAAUCUUUUUCAGAUAC